AUGGAUUGUGCCAAACUCCAGUCCAGCUACAUGGGAGUCCCAGUUACACCUGAACUCACAGGGAGUCAGAAACCUGCAGCUUCUUCAAAGUGUCCUCCGUCCUGCCACCACCCGACCCGAGAGGCUCACCGCUGCCACCCCGGCACCUGCCCCCCCUGCAAGCAGCCCUGCCUGCUGCCUCUGCCCAGCUGCAGCCACACCUGCCCGCAGCCCUGCCACGACGUGGUGCUGGUCAAGUCCCAGCAGGUUCACUUAGCCGGACCGUGGGAGCAGCCGUCUGAACCCGCGUUUGUCAAGAAGGCUCUGCCCUGCCCGCCAUGCCACGUCCCCCUACCGACGGCCUGUUUUGGAGAACACGAGGUCAGCCCGGUGCCGUGUCAUCGUCAGGGUCGUUUCUCCUGCAAGCGACCCUGCGGACGACCUCUGACCUGCGGCAACCACUCCUGCAGCAGAGAGUGUCAUCUGGUUAACAGCAAUCCAUGUGAGGUGUGUGAGGAGGGCUGCUCUAAGCCCCGCCCAUCCGGCUGCCCUCACUCCUGCCCCCGCCCCUGUCACCCAGGCGCCUGCCCCCCCUGCAGCCAGAUGAUCCGCCAGCGGUGCCACUGCAAGAUCAGCCUGCUCUACGUGGAGUGCACGUCAGUACAAACACACACACUUCCUGUUAUUGAACAGUCUUAACUCCUGUGUGGUGACAUGAGGUUUAUCAUACCUGAAUAAACAAAACAAGUCACUACAUGAUGUAAACAAAGUGGCAUGACUGACACACACACGAACACAUGAUGUAAACAAAGUGAGUGAUGGCAUGACUGGAAACAUGAACGAUAAAGUCACGACUGCUGUGUAAAGAUGACAGACUCAUCAGAAGCUUUUUCUUUUCUUAACUUCCUCGUUUUAAAUCAAAGCGGAGCUUCUUGCUGCAUAAUUUGAAGCAGAAGGAACAAAAAUGCUUGAGACUAACAGGAUGGUUGAUGUUAAUGCGUUUAAAGAGAAGUAAUAUCAGUGUUUUAGCCAGCUGUCAGACUGUGCAAUGAUGAGUAAGAGCAGAGCCUGAUGUCAGUGCUGUGUAAGAAGC